CCGACGUCAUCUUGGCCUGGGAUCUGCCGGCACGAGCAUCGACGGUUCGAGAGCCCAGAACUGGAACGAACUUGUCUGGGCUUUUCAUCAAAAAGGCCAGACGAACGCCCGUCGCGUUGAUUAGAAAAGGAAAUCCUGCUCCCGAAUCACUUCAUUGGUUUUCCUUUCCCGUUUCAUUCCACCAACUCUCUUCCCGUCCGCCAUUUGGAUUCCAACCCUCGAGACCUCAUCCACCAACAUUGCCCUGACAAGGUGCUUACCGCCCAAAUAAUCCAACCGAAAGAACCCCCCGACUCACACCGUCAACUUACCGAAUUGUCCUACAUCAACAUCAACAUCUCACCACACCAAAUCACACCACCUUGUGAUCGACGACUUCAAAACCUCGACGACAAUUGAUACCCCAUCAUCCCCGUAAAUACCAGACAAAACCUAAUUCACCAUGCAUCGAACCUACUCUAUGCGCGCCUCCAGGGCGCCAACCGCCUCUCAGAUCCAGAACCCCCCUCCACCGCCAUCAUCCACAAAGUCGGGACGUCUCUUUGGUCGCGGCGGAAUUGGAGGGCUAGGACAUGCUCUACGACGCAACGCCGCCGGCGCCUUUGGGCCCGAUCUCGCCAAGAAGCUCUCCCAGCUGGUCAAGAUGGAGAAGAACGUGAUGCGUAGUUUGGAGAUGGUGGCCAAGGAGCGCAUGGAGGUCGCCCAACAGCUCUCCCUCUGGGGCGAGGCCUGCGAUGAGGAUGUUUCCGAUGUUACAGACAAGCUGGGUGUGUUGCUCUACGAAAUCGGCGAACUCGAGGAUCAGUACGUCGAUCGCUACGACCAGUACCGCGUCACCAUGAAGAGUAUUAGGAAUAUCGAGGCUUCGGUGCAGCCCAGCAGAGACAGAAAGCAAAAAAUCACCGACCAAAUCGCCCAGCUCAAGUACAAAGAGCCCAACUCCCCGCGCAUCGUUGUUCUCGAACAGGAACUCGUUAGGGCCGAAGCCGAGUCGCUCGUCGCCGAAGCCCAGCUCUCCAACAUUACGCGUGAGAAGAUCAAGGCCGCCUACACCUACCAGUUCGACGCUCUGCGCGAGCACUGCGAAAAAGUCGCCAUCAUCGCCGGUUACGGCAAGCACCUCCUGGAACUCAUCGACGACACCCCCGUCACCCCUGGCGAGACCCGCCCCGCUUACGACGGCUACGAAGCCUCCAAGGCCAUCAUCCAGGACUGCGAGAACUCCCUUACAAACUGGGUCACGCAGAACGCGGCCGUUUCAGCAAAGUUGUCGACCCGCUCGAGGACGCUGAGCCAGCGGAGGAGGAAUAACAUCAAGGCGAGGACCGAAGGCGGCGCGGGACAGGGACAUGAUCUGUCGGGCCAGGAUGCCCCGCUUAAUGAUCGGGACUCGUGGGUGCCGGCGAAUCAGCACAAGGAGGUGGCGGAGGACUAUGAUGUGUCGGAGGAAGAGGAGGAUGAUGAUGAGGAUGAGGAGGAUGAUAUUGAUGCGCCGGGCAGCUCUUUGCUGGAUGGCGAGAGCGGACAUCAUCAACGUGGGAGAAACCAGGAGCCUGUUGCUGCCUGAAAGGGGCGGUGAUGGGUGGCUGCGGGGUGCGGGUCCGGGGCAGUUCUGCUGAUGCUGAUGGUCGAUCAACCAAGAGGAGUGUCGGAGAUGACUUUGGUUUCUCAGAACCCCAGGUAUGCAUGCACGAAACUCGGCAACAGCAACAAAUCCUCAAACGCAAAACGAACAGAAAAACCACUGGAACCUGGAGCUGGGAUGGGUGGGCAGAAUUCUUUAAGCGACACUCUUUAUACCUCUACUCUUCUUCAUUUGCUCGGACCUAAAAUGGAACGGGCAGAUGCGCGCAGGCAGGUUAUAGUCUGCAUAAUUGGUAAUGAUAAGGUUUAGGUUUGGGUUUUGGAUCGGAUGGUAUGACCCUAAGGUGGGUGACUGUGAGAUAGCUCUGAAACAAGGAGAAGAAGGACAGGCAUGGGAUGGAAUGGACAACGGUAGUUUAAUGAUUGCGCUAUGGUUAUGCUCAUUCCUAGGUGAUAGCUUUCUAUGUAUCAUUAUUCCCAG